UUAUCAAUUUGUUAUUGCUGGAAACGUCAUUUUUAAAGAAUGUCAAGUCAGUGAAUAUAUUUUUGAAUACAUAAAUUAAAAAUAAUGGCUCUAAGUAAUAUAUUAUUACUUAGCCAGAUAGCUGGCUAUGUCAUAGCCUUUAUUUUAUCACUAUGCAUCGUUGUUCCUAUGAGUUUACAUCAAGAUGAUUUUAAGGGGCACUGCUUAUUAUUCUCCACGGGAGAAUGGCUAGAAGCAGAUGGACAACUAAAGGUUAACUGGGCAUCGCAGUGCUACUGUAAUUAUACAAUAUUUGUAGGGGUUGCGUUAUGCCUCGUGUCUAUAAUUCAGAUCUACAGAUUAUCCGUUUUCUUGUACAAAGGAACAGAUAGCAGCUUCCUGUCUGCUUUCAUAGAUGUAUUGUCUGGGAUAUUAUUAUGUGGAAUGAUCAUUCUAGCAGCACUGAUGAUAACGCUUGGUUUCAUGGCAUGGUGCCAGAAUAUGACUGAAAGAUUUCCCUCGUGUGAGCUUGCCGCUGGCCAAGACAUUGAUCGAGCUGAUGAAAUAAACACUAAGCAUUUCUACAUCCAAUUGGGAACAGCGCAGUUUGGUGUUUGGGGUUCUUUCACGACUUGGGUAGGAUUAUCGGUCUGCGCUCUCUUAAAACUUUGCAGGUACCACCAACUGGAGAAUAUCAGGGUGUCGAUGUACAGGGAACGACAGAGAUUGAUAAACGAGAAUGCGGAUUCACCUGGUAGCAGCCUGGGACGCGAAUCCAGUAACACCCAAUCAACUGCUACUGCAGAGUGAUUAGUUCACAGUGUGUUUAGAUAUCCUUACAUACUUAUAUGCGCUAUUAUCCACAUUUCGCUCAUAAUUCAUCAAACUAUAUAUCAUAUUAUAGGUAUAAAUUGAGAAAGCGUAAUUUGCUUCUUGUAUAGUACCGGAUUAGAGAUUAGAACGUAUUUAUUAUGUUGCAUUAGGGAAUAUGUAUUUUUCUGCAACCGUUUUAAAAGGGUACACAAUUAUAAUCAAGGAAUUCCGGGCUUUUUGCUUGUGAAUGGGGCAAAACUCGCAAAGUAUUUCCAGUAAAACACCUAUUUCAGUUAUUUGUUCAUAUGGUCUGUUUGUACAGAGUGUAGCUACAAGAAGUACAAAUGGUAGUUUGAUAAAUGAUAAAUACAUCUUACGGCGGUCUCUCACGGUUCGAUAUUAGUUGACCGAUUUUUGUUGAGCAACUAAAAGAAUAAACUUUUUGUUCACACGUGAAAAGAACAUUGAACUGUUAGUUAGAAAUAAAACGAAGUCGAUUGCAGCUCUUCAUGGGCGUAUAAGGGUAAUUUCUGGUUUAUCGGUUGAAGAACAGACAAAAAUUGUUGAGGUGGGAAAAACAGUUUGAAAAAUGCCAUUGUUCGGUCAGGAAUUGGAUAUUAAGGAGAGAUCAAUGUAUAAGUUUAAAAAUAACAAUUUUUUAUUUUGGUCAUUUGUCACCUUAUAAAUAACGAGUAAACUGCAAUAAGCACCAGGGUGAUUCUAGUUGACUGACGAAUGUUCACAAGCUUCAAAAAUUUUUCAAUUCGUAUUAAAAGCAAUGCUUUAGUCGAACGAUAAAAUUUGAUUGGGUCAAACUUCAGUAGAAUCACCAACAAAAGUAGAAAUACGUGUUUUCAGAGCUAUUUUCAUUCAAAUUCAUUUGAUCAGCUAAAAUCGAAUCAUGAAAACUUGCCUCAUGUCCAGAGUUGCUUUGCAAGUUAUUAAAAAACAUAAAUAUGUAAACAUCUCCCCUGACGUUUGAUGUAGAUUGAUGAAACUUAGGGGGGUGACAUAAGUUCAUUUAAUUCGGAAUGGUAUUUAAAAGAAAAAAGGUCUCUUUGACAGAGGAAUUUUUUUACUACAAAUACAUGAUCGUUAAAAGUUUGGUAAAUUCAGUAUAUAAAAAUUUGCUUUUUACUACCCAUUAGAAAAUUUAAAAUUAAAUUACAUUUUAUUUGAAAUUGUAACAAAA